AGUCUCGAUCGGAGGCUUGUCACCUGGCGAUGCGAGUUUACUGACUUGUGGGGUGUCUCCAGGUGUUAGACGACCCCCGCAGUUAUCCCACCACAUUAAUCCCCGCUUUCUGUUUUUCUUCUGAUCCUCUUCCUCCUCCUCCUCCUCUUCCUCACCCACCUUGCCCCGUGCACAGAUCUUUUUGACUGAUGCGGUCAUGUGUGACUUGGUUCGGUGAGAACGGGAUGUCCGCUCUGUGAAACGGGAUGGGUGGAUAGAUGUUUCCCCUCCUGUGCGCGCUGGAAUAAGAGAACAGAGUGAAACGGGGGAUCCGACUUUUGCCUGGAGUUCAUCUAUGGAUUUUCUUUUUUUUCUUUUCUUUCCGUUUUUUGUGUAAAUUGUGGUGGGAACGUGCAGCAUUCAGUCUUCAGGCUUUGAUCACCUGCUAUGUGCGUGCUGUGGAGCAUACCUGGUGGAAGGUGUACAGCGGGAUCCAGCCUGGGAGGACAGGACUUCAGUGUCUGAUUUUUAUUAUUUUUUUAAAGCGCCGUGUAUGGUUUGUUUCCCUUUUCUAAUCAGUGCGUGAUGCGCGUGGAAUAAACACAGAGGAUGGAUAUAAUUUGGGAGAUACUGCUUAUUCUUCAAACUAAUUUGAUUGUCUGCAUAUCAGCUCAACCAAAUCCGCCGAAGAUUCAUGAAGGAUGGUGGGCAUACAAGGAGGUGGUGCAGGGGAGCUUUGUUCCAGUGCCGUCAUUCUGGGGACUGGUGAACUCGGCCUGGAACCUGUGCUCGGUCGGGAAGAGGCAGUCGCCAGUCAACAUCGAGACCAGCCACAUGAUCUUUGACCCUUUCCUCACGCCCAUAAAGCUGAACACAGGCGGACGCAAGGUGGGAGGAACCAUGUACAACACCGGCCGCCAUGUCUCUCUGCGACUGGACAAGGAGCAUCUGGUUAACAUCUCUGGGGGCCCGAUGACAUACAGCCAUCGCCUGGAGGAGAUCCGGCUACACUUCGGCAGUGAGGACAGCCAGGGCUCUGAACACCUGCUGAACGGACAGGCCUUCUCCGGAGAGGUUCAACUGAUUCACUACAAUCAUGAGCUGUAUACAAAUUACACCGAAGCUGCUAAAAGCCCCAACGGACUGGUCAUCGUGUCCAUAUUUAUGAAGAUUGCUGAGACAUCAAACUCAUUCCUGAAUCGAAUGCUGAACAGAGACACCAUCACGAGAAUAACGUACAAAAAUGAUGCAUAUCUUCUAACCGGUCUCAACAUCGAGGAGAUUUACCCAGAAACUAGCAGUUUUAUCACAUAUGAUGGCUCGAUGACCAUUCCUCCAUGCUUCGAGACGGUGACGUGGAUCCUGAUGAACAAGCCGGUGUACCUCACACGCAUGCAGAUGCACUCCUUGCGGCUGCUGAGCCAGAACCAGCCAUCUCAGAUCUUCUUGAGCAUGAGUGACAAUGUUCGUCCGGUUCAGCCACUGAACAACCGCUGCAUCCGCACCAACAUCAACUUCAGCAUGCAGGGCAAGGACUGCCCCAACAACAGGGCUCAGAAGCUCCAGUACCGGGUGAACGAAUGGCUGCUAAAAUAGGCUUCCUCGGAUGUGUGAAGAGAGGGAACGAAUGUCAAACAUGGAUAUGAAAUGAGGCAAAGAGGAGGAAGAGGAGAAUGGAAGGAAAAAUAUGAAAACUGUUCUUAGGGCUGCAUCUCAUCGAAGAUUUUUUUCAUGGCAUUGUAUAAAGACAACACCAGACAUUGGAAUAAAGGAACUCGCAAGCAAAGAGACUUUUCUUUUCAUACAUGGAGGAACUGACCUGAACCUUCAACUUAUCACCUGCUAACAAACCCUUUCCCCCCACUGUAUGACAACAUCUAUAUGGACAUUUUGAUACCAACACUUUUUGGGAGAAAACAAAUAAAAUUAAAAAAAAAGGACACUUAGAAAAAAAAUAUGGAAUCAAUCAUUUGAUAUUCUCCCAACCAACAGGACAACAUCAGGACUUUAAAGUCUUUGUACAUAAAAAAUGUUGCCAUCAGUGGGAAAAUUCAAAGACUGAGUCACUGCCCUCCCCCGAACCUCGCCGUUCAAGACAAAAGCAGUCAGAAAGACUCACGUGGACGUUUCAUAGUCACCAACAGGAUGUGUAAUCAGCAGCAGCAGCCUUACCUUGUCAUUUGUCCAAAACUACAAGUCAUGUCACAGGCAAUGAGCAAACCCUCCAGGCUUUCUCAGCCUCAGAGCAACAGCGUCUUGGCCUCGUUUGUACAUAUUAUUGUUAUUAUUAUCAAUAUUGCGAAAAAUGAACAUGUAAAGAAAACAAUGAAUUAAAAUGAAAAAGAUAUAUGAAAAUGAUUUUAAAAAAAGUACAAAAAGUUAAGAAUAUUAACCAGCUUGGCACACUAUGAAUUCUGGAGCAGUUCUCAGUUUGAGCUGAUGCCUUUUCUGUUUUAUUGUUUACAAUGGUCAUACACUGUGUUUGAGUAAUGUUAUCAGCCCAAUAAAUGUGUCUGGAAGUUCAUUUUGGAUAAUGUUUCACUAAAUAAUGAUCUGAUUUACUGUACCUGUAACUGUUUUGUACUGUUCCAUAUUAAAUGUAAUAUGUCAA